AAUAAAAACGAUAAUUGCAAGUUGCGCCAAAAAGUAUGCUGCUUUUGUGCCAAUUGUGGAAAAUCGAUAAAAGUCAAAAUUCCUUCACGGAGCAAAAUAGCAGUUAGAAGUCGCUUAGAAUGCAUAACGUUGGCAGUGAACUGCCCGUUGGGCGACGCACUGCAAAUGAAUGCAAUACUGCUGGAAAUAAUUGUGGCAAUCGCCGGAAAUCGCUGAGCUAUCAAACACAGCUCGCGCUGAACUCAAAUAAUGGCGAGGAUGUGGUUCCAAUGGUGGCAUCAGCCUCAUCCUCAGCUGGUCGCUUUAGUCCCCAUCCAAAUGACAUAUUUCUGGCGCAGUCGAGCAAACUGACCAUACCACUGGAGAAGUACGAUGAUCUGCUGCUGAUCAAUGGCUGUUUGCCGCCGCCAUCGCCAGCACCAAAUAGCGAUUGCCACGCGGAACAAAGCAAAACUAGCAAUAGCAACGCCAAUAAUCAAAUGCAACAAUUGACUAUCAAUCAUUUUCAGCAGCACAACAAUCACAGUCACACACACAGUCACGCCCCCACGUAUCCACUAUCCUCCUCGAACUCGGCCUCCUCGCUGUGCACCAUAAAUUCGGGACAAUCGCAGCAAUUGGACAAGAAAUACACGCAGCACGCCACGCAUCGCGCCAUGUCUCCAAAUACAAAAUAUCGAUUGGAACGUUAUCGUGAAUCACCCAAAUUGAAACUGAGCAUGGAUGCGAUGGGUCUCUCGGUCUCCUCGCCUGCGACGGCAUCAUCGCGUUACUUUCUGCCCGCCAAGGUGCUGCAGUGUGCGGACGCUUAUGGCGGAUAUUUAGGUUCCACGCUGCAUACGCCGGUCAAGCGUUAUGUGCCAACGCCGCCGCCAGCUGCGGAGGAGAUGAUGACGACGACAACGACGACAGCAACAGCGACGCCAACAUCGACGCAGUACGUCAAUUUGCCUUAUGGCGGCUAUGCCAGGUCCAAGUGUGGACAUAGUGAGGAGGCCCUCGGUCAGCGGGAGGUGCCUACUCCACUCAGCUACUCAAAGAGCGCUCAAACCUCAAACGGAGGCAAUUCAUCCUCUUCCUCCGCCGGCAGCAACAGUUGCCCCUGUCCCUCGCCCACAACAGCAACAACAUCAGCUGCCACAACUUCUUCCAGGAAGCGAUUGGAGCAAUCGGGAGCUCCAAUCGAGGAACCAGACCCCAUCAUUCUCAUCCAACCCAUGACGCUAAGCGAUUCCACUCAGAGUGCCACCUGUCUGCAUUGCAACACAGCUCGCAGAACUACGGGCGUCCAUCAAACCACACAAACUACGGGUCCCAUUAGCCCAGUGCCCGUCUCAAUGACUCUACCACUGUCGGGCUUAACGGCCAGCGAUUUGGGUAAGUUGAAGCAGCAGCAGCAACAACAGGAGCAAGAGUUGCUCGCAAUCUCAGCGAUUGAGGUUAAGCAGCAAACGGAAGGGUUUAACAACAACGGCAAUUAUCAGCGACAUAUUUAUGGGUCUUUACAGCCAUCCUUGCAGCAACAGCAGCAGCAACAGCAACAGCAAACGUUGCAGUCUCUGCCACAGCAGCAACAAUUGCAGCUACAGCAGCAACAGCUGCCCACGCAUCGCUAUUCGUGUAAAAAGCGCAUCAUAAUUUAUAUGCGACGUGAAAUUGCGCGGUUUUUCGGUGUGGAAAUGAGCACGGAGGCCGCUGACUAUGCGUUGUGGUACGGCAGACAUCGUCGGUUGGCGAUUCGCUGCUUUGGUCCGCUCAGCAAUCAGCCGGAAUUCGAGCUGGACAGUCACGAGUUAUGCGUGGAGAGCAACAACAGCAGUAACAAUAGCAGCAACAGCAACAACAAUCACAACUUUGCCUCCGAUCGUCCCGAUAUAUUGCCCACAGAGUCAACGUCAAAUGUGGACAACAAUUGCCGUCACAACAAUUGGCGCAACAGCGAUUUCAAUGCCGGUGAAUUUGUGGAGCGCAAAGCAACUGUUGCUCACAUGCUGAUGACUAGUUUGGGUUAUUUAAUUGCCAUUUUUCACAAGCCGAACACAAACCAGUCGAAUUCCAAUACGGCUCAUCAUUUAUUGAAAAGACGUCAGCGGCAAUGGUCGAGAAGCUUUGCACCCAGCCAUGUGCAAAAUUUGGAGCAACAGCAGCAACAGUUAGAUGUGGAUGGAGUGGAUGGUGACUUGGCGGAGACUUUGGCGGCGCUCAUUGAGGAGGAGGUCUUCUUUGAUAAUCCCAGCGAGGCAACAACGACAACAGCAACAACAACAGCCUCUGCCUCUGGCAAUGAAGAGAGUGUGGAGCGUGCCGGGCUUAAGCAGGGCACAGCUAACGCUCCGUUGGGCGUUGAGGCUGGCGUCUAUCUUGCUGAGCGUCAUCACAAUGGCUGGCGCACCUCGGCCUUGAAUGGACUCCAUUUAAUGGGCGACUCCUCGCACAGCCACGCCUCCCAUCCCACAAAUCAUUUACAACUCUCGGGCAGCAAUCGACAAAAUCAAAACUCGAUGCGCAACUCAAAUUCGACAACUGCAGCUACAAAUCGCGGCAAUCGCAUUGCUGCUCAACUUUUGGAUGGCGUCCUCGAGAAUUCACGACGUCCACAAAUGCAACGAAUUAAAUACUUUGGCAUUAAUGAUCUCGAUGAUCGCAACGAUCAUCGUCCGUUUUUCACCUACUGGAUAAAUACGGUGCAAAUCGUUGUCUUGUUUUUAUCCAUCAUUUGCUAUGGCAUAGCGCCAAUUGGUUUUGGCACGGAACAGAAAACGGGUCAAGUUCUGGUCACCAGUUUGAGUCUGCAGACGGUGCAGCAUGUGGAGCAGCGUAAUCUUUGGAUUGGGCCUAGGAACAAUGAUUUGGUGCACAUGGGUGCAAAGUUUGCGGCUUGCAUGCGACGAGAUGUGAAGAUCAUGGAGGUAGUCACCAAGACGAGGCGGCAGGAGCGGGAGACUGCGUGCUGCAUUAGGAAUGAUGAUUCGGGCUGUGUACAAAGCUCACAGGCAGAUUGCUCCAUUAGGGGUCUAUAUCCAACGAAAUCCAUAUCGACUUGGAAGAAAUGGUCACCGGGUGAAUCCGGGCCUGGUGGACGCAUAUCGGGCUCUGUUUGUGGGCUGGAUCCAAAGUUUUGUGAUGCACCCGCCUCGAUAGUGCCCUACGAGUGGCCCGAUGACAUAACCAAGUGGCCAAUUUGCCGAAAAACGAAUUCAUUCUCGCAACGCUAUCGCUAUAAGGAUCACACGGCGGAGCAUAUGGUCUGCGAGGUAAUCGGACAUCCCUGCUGCACAGGACUCUACGGGGAAUGCCGCAUCACUACCAGGGAAUAUUGUGAUUUUGUCAAUGGUUAUUUUCACGAAGAAGCUUCACUCUGCUCACAGAUAUCCUGCUUGAAUAAUGUUUGUGGCAUGUUUCCCUUCAUCUCCGUGGAGAUACCCGAUCAGAUUUAUCGAGUGCUGACCUCGCUUUGUAUGCACGCUGGAGUUCUUCAUUUGGCAAUUACGCUCAUUUUCCAACACUUAUUCCUGGCUGAUCUGGAACGCUUGAUUGGAACGCUGCGCACAACUGUUGUCUACAUUAUGUCAGGCCUGGCUGGAAAUCUGACAAGUGCCGUGCUCGUUCCACAUCGACCUGAGGUUGGCCCAUCAGCGUCGCUUUGUGGCGUUGUCUCGUCGCUGGUUGCUUUGCUCAUUUGGAUGCACUGGAAGCACUUGCACAAACCAUACGUAGCACUCUUUAAACUGCUGCUGCUGUGCACAGUGCUCUUUGGAAUUGGCACGUUGCCAUAUCAGUUGAAUUUUGCCGGGCUGCUUGCUGGGGUUGCUUGCGGCGCAUUUAUCACAAUAUCAUUGGUGCCAUUUGCCACUUUCACCAAAUACGGACGCAGAAAAAAGAUCAACCUGAUUUGGACGUGUUUCGUUUUCCAUCUGUUUGUUUGCGCCACCCUGAUUGCCAUCUUUUACAUUCAUCCCAGCGAAUUUAGCACUUUUAAUUUUGUGGACGAUGUUUUUGGUGGUGGCAACAAGGGCUACACAAGUGCCACAAAUAGCAAUAUUGGCCAUCACAAUGGUGAUGUGAGCACCACCACCCGUCGCUAUUCGCAAACACAAAAGCCACAAUAUUAUUAUCAUCAUCAUUCCGAAGAUAUUAUUCGAAAUGGCGGCGGUGCUUUCACCGAGGAAAAUAUGAUUGCGCACAUCUUUCCCGAUGCGCAGCGGCAAAAAAGUGUUCAACUCUGGCAAAAGGGUCUCUAUUCACGCGCAUUCAGCUACAAUUCCAAUUCCAGUUCCAGUUAUGGCGAACGCAUUUAUAAAAAUAUGCAAAAUUCGCCACAAAUCGCAAAUAACAAAGAUAAUUAUAAUAAUAAAACACGAAUGAAUUACCAACAAAAUAACGAUAUGCAUAAUAAUAAUAAUACCAAAUUUAAGGGCCUAUAAAUCUUCCAUAAUUAAAAAUAAUAGGCAACAAAUAGCACAAAUAUUGCGUGCACAACAAAAAAAAUAUAUACAAAAAAUGUACAUAAAUUAUAUAUAUAUAUUCGCAAAAUAUUGCAUGUAUCAUGAUCAGUAUUUUGAAAUAAAUAUUAAACCACGAUUCACGA